GCCGUUCAGGCGCGCAGUCGCGCCGGCUGCUCGUCCCGCCCCGCCGGGUGUCCGACGUGGAAGUUGCUGGCUGACCGGGCUUCCAAGGAAACCGCCUCCCAGCCGGUGCGGGAGGCCGAGGCGAGCGGAGGCGGCGGCACCGGGCUCGAAGGAGAGUCGCUGCCGAGGCCGGGGAGCUGUCUCUGACAAUCGACGAGGGCGGACAGGCGGCUCAUCAUGGGUGGCUUUUUCUCAAGUAUAUUUUCUAGUCUGUUUGGAACCCGUGAAAUGAGGAUUUUAAUUUUGGGAUUAGAUGGAGCAGGAAAAACUACGAUUUUGUACAGAUUACAGGUUGGAGAAGUCGUUACUACUAUUCCUACCAUUGGAUUUAAUGUUGAGACGGUAACAUACAAGAACCUUAAAUUCCAAGUCUGGGAUUUAGGAGGACAGACAAGCAUCAGGCCAUACUGGAGAUGUUAUUAUUCAAACACAGAUGCAGUCAUUUAUGUAGUAGACAGUUGUGACCGAGACCGAAUUGGCAUUUCUAAAUCAGAGUUAGUUGCCAUGUUGGAGGAAGAAGAGCUGAGAAAAGCCAUUUUGGUGGUGUUUGCAAAUAAGCAGGACAUGGAACAGGCCAUGACUCCCUCAGAGAUGGCAAAUUCACUUGGGUUACCUGCCUUGAAGGACCGAAAAUGGCAAAUAUUCAAAACUUCAGCAACCAAAGGCACUGGCCUUGAUGAGGCAAUGGAAUGGUUGGUUGAAACAUUAAAGAGCAGACAGUAAUUCAAUCACUUCUACUCUGAAAUGAAGACUACAUCACAUGUCCUUUUGGAAGCAGUUAAGUGUGCUUCACACUAUUAAAUAUUAGAACUGUGUAUGAUUGUUGGCAUAUACUGAAUUGCAACAUUUGUAAUAAAUAUAAAAAAUAAGUAUUUGGUUGGAAGGGGCAACUCAUUAUGAUGGAACCAGCUAAAUGUCUGGUCUGUGUAAUGUAAAAUAUUCCUUCCUUUCUUGUGUUAAGGUAUAUAUUCUAUUUGUGUGGAAUUCUUAUUCAAAUACAGUCCUAUUAAAGAAUGUCCUCUUAUUAAGGAAAAAACCCUCCUGUUUUUGAAUUAGUGGUUGCAGCUUGUUUGAAUAAACACUAAGAUUUUUUUCCCCUCUAAAAUAAAUUAAGUUUUUCCAAAAAUUAAACUCAGUAGAGUAGGCUAGUUCUUCAUUUGCUUAAUGACCACUUUGUUUAAGCUGUUUUGUUUAGGAGCUUUUGGUUAUAGGCAUGAAGUUGAAGUAAUUAUUUUGGUGGUUAAUUUCACUGACUUAUCUGUAGUUGUCAUUUUAUAGUACUUUAUAGUUGUCGAAAGAAUUUUAUGUAUAUUGACCUAGUCGAUUUGUAGGAAGAACCCUGUGAUGUAAGGAGGACAGGUUGUAAUGUCUUCGUUUUAUGGACGUGUGGAAUCUUGGGUUCUGAUAAGUUAGCUAAUCCAGCUGCUAGUGGGGUGGGAGCAGGGCUCCGAAGGAUAUUUCAGGGUUAGGAGCUUGUCCCAUCAACUACACCAUAAGUUCCUGAAAAUGCCAACUUUGGUAACACAGACAACCUAACUCCUUAAAAAAAAUUAUGCUAAUUGAAGUAGUGUACAUUCAAAAUGUCUAUAAAUUUAUUUGUCCAUACUAGUAAACGUAGUAAAAACAAUCCUAAAUUGUUAUAUUUGAUGAAUUCACAACACACUAAAGAAAGAAUUCACAUUGAAGGAAAUAAAAAAAGAUUUAUUUUAAGAAGCAUUGUAAAAGAUGUCUUUUAUUCUUUUAACCUACUUGCAACUGGACAUGUAAAUUUGGUGAAAAGUCAAAAUCUUAUUGGUUCUACAGGGAGAAAUUAAGCAUUCUUGGUUUUAAAAAUUAGGCUUACUGCUAGGCUAGCAAAAGAAUUAUGUUCAAAGGAACGUUUCCAGCUGCCCCAGUCUACCACAGGAUUGGCUACAGCGUGACAGAAGUAAAUAUAGUCCUUAGUAACUACUAAAAUUGGGGAGAAUUCUUUUCAUUUUUUAAGUCGGACAACCAGCAUUUAAAAAAUUAGAUGCUGGUAAAAUGAAAUUAAUACCAUUGUGACUCUCAGGUCUCGAGAACACCAGGGGUUCAUUUCCUGCCCCUGCCACUGUCUUCCAGAUGUUGGCCUCUGGCCUCUCCCCUCACACUUCUGGUCAUUCUCUCAGCUCAAAUGAAUGUGGUUUUCUCUUUUUGUCAGUGGGGCUUUUACUCUUACUUACUCCCCAGCAGCUAUUCCUAAUUUGUAUCAAGUGGCAAAGUAGUUCCUGGCAGUCGAGGAUCAUUGAGGACAGAAGCGGGGGGAAGUGGGCUCUGACAGGUAGGUGCUGUCGUGAGCCCUGAGGAGGGCAUGUGAAUCUAUAGCAAAGGUCGGCACUUGGAUAACGUUAGCUGAUCUGUCUGGCUUAUCACCGAGAAUAGGAUGGGAUAAAUAGAGCGUACACUUAUUUUAAUAUGGAACAAAAGGUUCUUGUCCAGCAGGAACCACUGUGCAGGUGUGUUGCAGGACUUUGAAUGUUGAUAUUUAUAAAAAUCUACCGAGUAUUGUUUUGUGAGAAGCGGGAAAGGGGAAAAAGUUACCAAAUUUGAAAUGAGAACACAAGGGUUCUAGGCACGAAUGGCUACCCCUUCAGUUUAUUUUUCUCUGUAAAACAAGAGACUUGGACAAAUUAUAUCAAAGGUUUGUUUUAGCUCUAACAUUCUAUUUUAUAACUGGUUGAUAGUUGUGCUGUGUUAUGUGAUCACACUGAAAAAUUAAGAAAUGGGGAGAGGUGGAAUUCUGUUAUCAGAAUACCUGAGAUGCACUUUAAAUUGUGGAAAUGUAAGCUCCUUGAGGGCAGGGACCAACUUUAUUUACUGUUAGUAUCCCUUGCAUCUAGUGUGGUGCACCUGGCACAUAGUAGGCACUCAAUAAAUAUUUACUGAUUAAAACAAA